UUUUAUUUUUUUGGUGCAUAUAAUGAUCACUGACAGCUCUUAGGCCUCUUGUGUGCUGGAGAAAAUAAACCACUGAACCAAAUGCUGGGUUUUGAGUGUUUUCCUCACAGAUGCGGUUAUGGCCGUUACAGAUUUAAUUUACCUUCUCAGGAAAAAAAAAAUAACAAUCGAAUAUGUAGAAUUAUGUUUCCUUACAGUUAGUGGAAACGAAUGGGUUGUGUUAGAAUUGCUUCUCCACGCACUCGGGUCGGGGCGAGGAAAGGAUUUUGUCCUAGAAACCGCUCCCGGCUGCCUCCUCCCUCCCGCGGGGCGGCGGCACCGGGCCCCGGCAGGCGGGUGGGACGAGGGGCCCGGCCCGCGCAGUGCGGUGGCACGGUGCUUGAGGAGCCCCGGGGCCCGGCCCGGGCGGGGCAGGCCGCGCUACCUCUGCCGGAACCACCGCCCCGCGGCUCCGGGCCCGCCCGCCCGUCCGUCAUCGCGGCGCGCCGGGCGGCUGAGGCGGGGCGGGCAGCAUGGCGGCGGCGGGGCCGGGCGGUGCGGAGCGGUACUUUACGCGCUGGUACAAGCCAGAAUCUGUGUCAUCACCUUGGCGGAAGCCCAUCCUCUUCUUCAAAAUGGAAAAAAAAUUACAAGCGUAAAUUACCAAAUCAGCGCCAACUGUAGCAGACUCCAGAAUAAGGUCUCUGGGAAGUCAAAAAGGGGAGCUCAAUUUUUAACAGAACUUGCCCCUCUGUGCAGGAUAUCUUCAUCAGAUGGAGAGGAAUAUACCAUUUAUAGUUGUAUACGAGGGCGACUGAUAGAAGUGAAUGAAAACAUUCUUAGCAAUCCAUCUAUUUUGCAAGAAAAGUCUUGCUUUUAAGCCAUCAACCGAGGGAUACAUCGCAGUGGUUCUACCCAAAUUUGAAGAAAGCAAGAGUGUAACUCAAGGUCUUCUCACGCAGAAGGAAUACGAGGAAGUUUUGUUGAAACGUCUUAAUUCUUCUUCAUGAAAUUAAUUAUCCAGGUAUAUCUGUAUUUGAUACUAAAUAAGCUACUUCUUUUGUACACUGUAACUUCCAUGGUAUUGAAAGGCCUAGUGCCUGUUUUUAAAAGAGGAACUUAAACGCUUGUUUCAUACAAGAAUAAACCAGUUCAAAUAGUUUGCAUAUUAAAA